AUGGUGAACUCUCGCACGUAUAUCCUUCCUACAUCAUCUACCCCGGAACUUCACCUGCGGUGCAGGCUAUAUUCGACAUUGCGGACCAGACCCCGUCAGGCCACUAUGUUGACGCGGUGCUCUGGUUACUCGCGUACUGCUCAGCGCUUUCCUGUUCCUGAAAGUCUCUUCGAGGAAGCUACCGUGCAGCCUUAUAUCCACAACUGUUUUGUGACUGUGCGUGAAGGGAGACACAUCUAUCAAUUCUGCAUAUUCUUCAAACGGCAUCUUCGUCUUAGAGACAACCUGCUUCUUAGUAGUGGUGAUCGUACGUUCCGAGGCGAUGCAGUUGUUAUGAGGAUUGGUGUCAACAAUCCUUCCGUUGUGAACAUGCGAGGCAGAGACAACGCGCUUGCUGACUUCAUAAUUCACCGCUUUGCGCAGAGGAUAAAUGGUCGUCCAAGAGCUAGGCUCCCGCACUAUCUUACUCUUGUAAAACCCUUGAGCACUCGCAUCAGCAGCCGAUUGGCUGCGAGGUGUGGAGUAGCAUAA